CUUGGAUGAUUUCUGCCCUUUGAGCCGAGUUUUUCUUUUGUUUCCAGGUAAAUUGAAAAACUUUAGAAUAUGAGAUCGUCUAUUCAACAUCUCGACUCUAGAAAAAACAACUAAAAUAAGGUUUUAGGGCGCCUAUAAGUUGUACUUCCUGCUUGUUCAUUGUUCAAUCGUUUUACUUUAUGGUUCCGUAGUAUCACAAAAAACCCUAUUUACAUUUACCCUACCACAUGUUAGUAAAAAAAAUUAUGGCAAUUCUUUUAAAUGAAAAUAUUAGGAUAAAGACCAUUGUAUUUAGAUGUUCAUUAUAAAAAUUAAUAAAAACAAAUUUAUAUGUGAUGUCAUUAAAAGUUAAAAAGGGGUUUUAAAUUAUGAUAAGACGGUUAAAAUGAUUGUCUAAGAAGAAAAAGAUUAGAUAUUUUUGAAAAUACAGUAUAGGCAGGGACAACAAUAAAGGAGAAAAAAUAUUAUUCCUUUCAUUCUAUAUCCAUACUAGGUAAAAUGAUUUUUUAGCUAAUAAUUAUUUUACUUUAUAUGGGGUUUUUAAAGAUAAAUGCAAAUGAAAACGGGUGAAGCUUUUGUUAUAUCGGACCAUGCAUUAGACUAAACCAAGAAUUAAUUAAGGAAUCGAUAUCUCUACAAAUCCCUACUCUCCUCAUAGUCAUACAAUAGAGAAAGAGAAUACCAUUAGUCAUUAAAACCCCCUUGCGUAAAUCUCGCUCAGAUUUUAUUGUUUCCAUAAGCCAAAAUCUAAAGAAGACAAAUCUCACUUUUUCAUUUCAAGAGUAAAGCCAAAAAAAUCAUGAAGAGAACAAGAGACGACGACAACCCUUCUCACUUCCUCCAUCAGUCCUCAUCCGUUUAUGAUCAUAAUGAUAAUGAUGAUGAUGAAGAAGAUUGUUCCUCUGGAGGGUUUCAGCCGCCGUCACCACCGCCUCAGCAAGUGAAACACUUUUGUGUGAUCUGCAGUAAACAGUUUAGCUCCGGGAAGGCUUACGGAGGCCAUGUGAGGAUCCACUCGAGCGAGUACAGCAACAAAGGAAAGACAAAGAAGAUGAGAAUGAAGAAGAAGAGAAAGAUUGGUUUGGUGAACAAGGAGAAAGAGAAAGAAAAAGAGAUAGAUCUGAUUAGGGCUGACGUUGAAGAUGAGAAAAGAUGUUGUCUAUGCGGUAAAGAGUUUCAAACAAGGCACUCUUUGUUUGGACAUAUGAGGAGACACCCUGAACGGAGCUGGAAAGGGGUACGGCCUCCUCCACCGGAAAAGCUCAAUCUUAGCUUUUUGGAUGAUGAUGAUGAUGAUGAGAACGAUGAUGAUGAUGAAGCGAUGAGUAGAUCCAUGAUGAUGAGUGGUGUAACUCGGGAUGUCCAUGUAGCUGCUUGCUGUCUAAUGAUGCUCAAGUCGGGCAAGAGAAAAGCAAACUCCGAGGUAAGAAGUUUUAGUUAUUGUAAUGACGAAAUGGAUGUUAAAGGUUCGACUGUAGAUAUGAAGAUAAAGGUGGAAAUUGAGGUGAAUGCGAGCAAUCCUCAAGCUGAAGCUAAAAAAAGAUCUUUAGAGCUUGAUCUGAAUCAGCCUUGUAAUGAUUCGUGCUAAAGCUAGCUUGUUUGGUUUGGUUAUUACUUUCCAUCUCUAAGGAGUAGAUCAUUGCUCAAUGAAUUUACAUCUAUCUAUAUGCAUUGUGUUUUGUAAAUAAUGCAAUCUUUUUAUGAUUCACAGAUUUUAGUUUGCACCUUUUCUUAUUGUUGAUUUCUCUUGAAUACUUCUUGAUGUUUUGUCUGAUCAGUAGAAUAAUAUUUAUUGCUUGAUCUACUUCAUACUCUCAUAAGAAGGAUUGAGCUUUCGAGUUGUGAAUAUUUUCGUGGAUCGAAGUUGUUCAUAUGAAUAAUACAUAGUUGAUACUAUCCAUGUCACCACAUGUAUCUCAACUUUACACAUAUAAAUGUAUAAAUAUAAUAGAAUUGGGCUCAAACCAAGCGGGCCACAAAGAUCUUUACGUCACAAAAAGCUAGCUUACCAGCUUGGGCGAAACUGCACCCGAGAUCCGAACAGAAUGCUAACUAAAAGAUUCGAAUCGUAACUAAUCGAAACUGUAAAAAUAUCUAAGGGUGUAUAUAUUCCUAUUUCAUAAGGGAUAUACACAAGCUACUGGUAUAAAUACAAGGCUCAAAACCUGGAAGAGAGAAAACUAUUCAUUCUACAUACUUCUACCGCGAGAAGACAACUAAAACUAGG